UUUCACUCAGGCUCUAUUGGGGCCGACCUCCGGUGGGGACCUUCGCGGAGCGUAUCCCGGCAGGCAGCGCGCGGGGUUCUCCCUUUCGCCGCCAUCUUGGUGCGCAGCCAUAGGGGCCUGCCGGGACCAGGGCUGCAGGAGGACACCAUGAGCGGGAGGUUGUGGUCCAAGGCCAUUUUUGCUGGCUACAAACGUGGCCUCCGAAACCAGCGGGAGCACACCGCCCUUCUGAAAAUUGAAGGGGUCUAUGCUCGCCAGGAGACAGAGUUCUACUUGGGCAAGAGGUGUGCCUAUGUGUACAAAGCAAAAAACAACACCGCAACCCCUGGUGGCAAGCCCAACAGGACACGAGUGAUCUGGGGGAAGGUAACCCGUGCCCAUGGGAACAGCGGCAUGGUUCGUGCCAAGUUCCGUUCCAACCUCCCUGCCAAGGCCAUUGGACACAGAAUCCGAGUGAUGCUGUACCCGUCUAGGAUCUAAAUUUUUAUUGGAAAUAAAAUGCAGAGUCUGUUUCAUUUUUGUACAUUCCUAUUUUUAUCUUCACCACCUACUUUGAGGGAUUUUAUUGUUCUUCAGUGGCGUAUCAGAGCGUACAGCACAGUGAUGUAGUAGUGGCUCCAAACUAGAUCCUCAGAUGGAGAUUUGACCCAUGCAAGGCACUUGUACAGCAGACUACAUGCUAAAGGCAAAUAACUGGCAGCCCUUACUGUGACCUGUCGUUGCCUCCAUCGCAGAACAACCGAUUUUCAGGGCUGAGCAAUAAAUGUUUACAACCUCA